GUGAGGCGGAGUGUUGGAACAGUCAACAGCUGAGUGGUGUGAUGGCUGCAUCAUGGGGUGGAGGCUGGUGUUCGUGCUCCUGGCGGCCGCCGCGCUCCUACCCGCUCUACAGGCACACAUCUCAGACCUGCGACUCUGUGCUGACACCUACUGUAAAGAGCCAGUGUCGAAGGGUAUUACAGUCCUUAACUACAACAGCAACGAUGAAAAAAUUCUAUCCUUUGCCAAUGGUGUAGAAGUAACUGUAUAUAGCAAAGAAGCUGGAAGCAGGGAAGAUCUUUGGGGAGUGGAGAUCAAAGGGAAAAGGGGAUACGUGCCAAAGCAAUAUGUUCGUGAAAACAAAUUGUUUAUAAAAGAUCUUAAAUAUAAAGUGCCAACUGAAGCCUUUAUUGAUAACAAAAAUACUUGGGAUAACGAUGAUAAAUACAGUAUAGACAAUGAAGAUUCGAGUAAAACUAAUGAAUUAACGCAAAAUGAUGCGAAUGAGGAUAAAGUAUUGAGAUUAGAAGAAAUUGCCAUUAGUGCUGAGGAUGUUGAGUAUAAUCGCUUAAAAGUAAAGACUGAAGAUGAGCAGCCCCACCAUGCAGAGAGAGAAGGGCCAACUUAUGAAGAUAAAGAGAGUACAGAUGAAAGCCAAGAGCUGCCAAAGCAUUCACAGGGUGAUGAAACUGGCAGUGAAGACGUUGAUGAACAUGAAAGUAAGGAAGAGGGAGUGGAGGAUGUCAAGAGAGAAGAUACAAAGGAAGAGUUAAAUGAUUUAAUUAGUGAUUCUGAUGAAGAAAACAAUGACGGCAAGAAAGAAAAAGAGGAGGAGAACGUUGAGCAGUUUGACACUGCAGGUGAAAAUGAGUCAAUUACAGAAAUGCUUGAAAAGAAUGGAAGCCUUUUGGAUUUAGUUGCAGCUGAUGAUACCACUGAGCUAAAUGAGUCAACAAAGAAUGGUUUUGACGUUGAUGAUGCAAAAAGCGUAGACAGUGUUGAUAGCUCUCCAGUAAAUUAUGAAGUAAUUGAUGGUACUACAGUAUAUUUGGAUGAUGUUACUGUCACUGUCUCGACUCCUGUUGAGUCGUCGUCUACCGUUCUUGAAGCCUCUUCGGGAGUCGCUGAAAAUUUGGUGUCGGCACAUCCACAUCCAUCACUUUCUCUGACGACAUUUGAAACGGCUCAACCUCAAGUUGUUAAUACCAAACCUACAGUAGCACCAAGCUUAGAAGAUAUUGCUUCAGUAGCUCCAGAUGUUAUAAGUUCAACUUAUAUAGUUGAAAAUUCAGAACAGAUCACUCCCAUUUUGCCUUUUGAAAAGGCACCCAUAGUGUUGGAAAAUAUAGCUAAUUCAGAUAUUAGUCCAUCUUCAUCAUGGUUGUUUAAUGUUGCUACAACAGUAUCAUCGUGGGUUAAUGCUGAAGAUAAAACGGCUAUUGAAGAAAGCAAGGAAGAAGAUAGUGAUGACAAAGAAGAUAUAAAUACAGAUAGUGAAGAAAAGGGGAGCAAAUCCAAUUACAGCCAAGAAAAUGUGGAAAGUAUUAAUGAAGGGAGUACUGAUGCGUCCCCUACCAUUAAUACAAAUGCUGGUGAUAGUAUUGGUGCAACAGAUGAAAUACCUAUUCCUGAAGAAAUUGGUGGACCAAAGCCCAGUUCAGGUGUUGAAGCCUCUGAUAUUCAGGCAGUGGCAGAAAGUGAAGGGUUCUUUUCUUCUUUGUUUGGCAGCUCUGAAAAAACACACAAUUUGGAAGUAGAGGAAUCUACCAGUGGCACCGAUUCCCCAGAAGCUCUGUUAGUAUUGAAAGAGGCCGAGGAAGUAGAGGCUAAUAAUGUCUCGGAAGAUGGUAGAAGAGAAGGUUCAGAGACAGACCCAACUGAUUCCUCCACUAUUGCAGCUAUUGACAAUGUUCCCAUAGAUGACACUGAAAUCCCAGAAAAUGUUGUACAGACCCCGUAUCAUAAAGAAGAAGAAUAUAAUACUUUCACCACCCGGGAAAAUGUCCCUUCCUCAGCAGGUGACGAUCCUCAUUCUUCAGUUUCAUCCACUCUGGAGGAACCUCCACAAAUAUCUCUGGAGACUGAUGACCAGCCUCCUGUGGGAGAUGGUGUGCAUGACAGUGGUGAAGGAGCAAUAGGAGAAGAGGAUACACAUGUUGAUAUAGACACAGAAGAGCCGAGGGUUGCAACAAUUUCUGAAGUAGAGGAUCCUACUGAUCUUUCCCCUUCAAGUGAAGAUGAGGAAGACCCUGGGCCCAGUACUGCACGACCAAUGUAUGCAGAGCCUCAGCCUUCGUCUCAAGACUAUCCCGUGGAAUCCCACGGAGACUCCAGUGAUGUAGUACAUCUAACGGGAGGAGAUAAAGUAUGUACAGCGGAUCAUAGUGAGGGUGUUGAUAUAGUCCAAGAUGAAGGAUCUUUGUCUGAGGAGUUCCUGAGGGCUUCUCACAGCUUGCUACCAGAAGGCUUAGCAUUUGGAGUUGAAGCAGAAGUGGCUGAUCCACACAUGUCUGCUGGAGCAAUUGUUUUCCUGUUUAUUGUUGUCUUCACUAUCAUUACCAUCUACUUUGUUCAUCUGAUCAUGGUUAAAGCUUCUCGUGAGGCUCCCAUGCUGCGAGCAUUAAAUCAUGUUGAACAUCAGAAUCGUUUAAUGGCUGAAGAAAAUACAUCCUUGCAUGAACAGCUAUGUAAAGCACGAGCUGAAUUGGAGGCUGUGUCAUCAAGUGUCAUGGGAUCAGUUGACGAUAUUAUAGAGCCAGACUCCCGACUUGAAUUAAUUAAGAGUGAAUAUGAUAAAGAAAAAGCACAGCAAGAAGAAAGGAUACUUCAGCUGGAACAUGAGCUUGAGGAAGCAACAUCAAAUGGGUUAGAGAUGCACAAGAUGCUGUCAGAAAUGUUGUCUGCACAAAGAGAUACAUCAGCUUUCCAGGCAUCAGUUGAUGAACUUCAAGCAAUGCUUGAUGGACAGCAGGAGAAAGUCGAAACUUUGACUUCCAAUUUGGCAUUGAAGACUCGAUUAAAUGAAGAACUUCAGAAUGAGUUAUCUCUAUCACUGGAGCGUACAAACAAGCUUGACUAUCAAGUGCAACAGUUAACACAGUCUCUUCAAGAACUAACUACUACAAAAGAAGAAACAAACAAUAGAUUUGAAAGAGAAACUAUGCUUGUAAAGGAAUUAACGGAAGCCAAUUAUUCCCUUUCUCAACAAGCCAAUGAAUAUGACUCUAAGAUUUCAUCAUUGAGCAGUGAACUUGAGGAACUAAAAGAUACAAUCUCUCAGCUGCGGGAAAGUGUGGAAACCAAAGAAUCGGAACUGCAGGUUUCUAAGGAGUGUUUUAAACAACUUCGACUUACCUCGGAUGAUGAUCUUGCAGCACCAGAUGAAGAAAAGCUGUCGGCAUUGUUUGAUGUCGUUAGAGUUAAGGCUGAGCUCCAAAGGGUGAACAGGGAACGUAACGAACUCGGCGAACAGCUACAAGAGGCCAAAACGGCGCAGACAAAUUUAGAAGAGACAGUGUUGUCCCUUCGUUCUGAGGUAGCAGAACUGCGGGCACACCAUGAUCUUGCUAUUCAAGAGAAGCAAGAAGCACUGAGCAAAUUAGCAGUUUUGUCACAGUACUUUGGAGAGAAAGAAGCACAUCUUACCAAAGAACUUGAAUCACAAGAAGGACUACGAUUAAAUGCUGAAGGCUCAGCUGCAGCAAUAUCUAAGAAAAUUCAGAAUUAUGAAUUUGAGUUGGCAUCUUAUAAGGCUCAGGUGGAAAGCAUACGCAAGGAACUGGAGGACCAGGAGAAUUCAUACAAGGUGCAGAUUGCCAGCCAUGAACAAAAGGCCCAUGAGAACUGGUUACAAGCUCGAGCUGCAGAGCGUAAACAUGAAGAGCAGAGACAAGAGAAUAGCCAGCUGCGAAGUCGCCUCACUCUACUGCAGAAGGAGAAAGAGGAAGCUCAGCAACUACACAUCAGUAUCAUCAAACCAACACCCAAACGUGUAGAUGCUAAUGGAAGCAUGUCGUCGCCUGGACCUAUCAUGGAUGGAGUAGUUGAUGUCAAUCACUCUGGGGUCUCAUCCAUGCUCAGGGAUGUAGAUUCACCACCUGUUCCUCCACAUCCUAUGCAUGGACCUCCACAUCCUAUGCUUUCCAUGAUGUUUCCACCGGGUGGCCCUCUGCCCCCAGGAGUACCUCCACCUCAUGGUUUGCCCCCAGGAAUUCCACCACCACCUGGGUUACCCCCCCAUGGCCUACCCCCCCAUGGCCUACCCCCCCAUGGCUUACCCCCCCAUGGCCUACCCCCUCCUCCUCCAUUCCUCUCUGGGGAACCUCCAUUUAUAGGACCCUUACAUCCUCUUCCUGGGGAUCGUCGCUUACCUCCUGCGGGUGGAAUGUCUUCGCCGCCAUUCCGACGGUCUGGGUCUCCAAGUUACGAUCACCGAAAUGAUCGUUACUCGCCUGGAAGUGACCGUUCACAUUUCUCGGACCGCCGAUACUCACCUCCACCCCUUCGUAAUAGACCACCUUCACCAGAGUCACAUCGCAAUCGCUCGCCUGAUAGAAGGUCUGAUAGAACAAGAUCGCCAGAUCGACGUUCGGAUCGAAUGAGAUCUCCAGAUCGUCGGUUUAACAGACAUACCCCUGAACAUAGGUUAGAUGGACAUUCUCCAGACAGACAUUUCAGCACAAGGUCUCCAGAUGGUUACAUGAGGCAUAGAACUUCUCCCCAUUAUUUUCAUCAAUCGGAUUAUAACAGUGAUGAUCCCAGGUUACGAUCAACUCACAUAAAAGGGAGCAAACAAUUUUCUAAACUACAAAAGUUCUGGCAGUGUGUAGAACAAGACGACCCCAUGACCAUCCCUUCACCAAAAUGAUGUCUCACAUACAACAUUUAGCAGCAUAUUAUUUCAGGGAAGAAAACUACACUGCUGAGUUCAUCAGAGCGAUGAGAGAGUGAACGUAGGCAGAGUUGUGCAACAGUCAAGUGCGUCACGAAUGCUGAUCGUGUUAGAUUUGCAUCUUCGGGUUAUCAUGGUUCUUCAUAUCUGUCAUCUUUUAAAUGCUUUAAAUUAGGAAUAUGCAAGUUGUGCUUCCUCUGGCUGCACCAAGUGUUCAGUUGUUGCUGUUAAGAAAACAAGAUAAAGGUCCACCUUUCAAAAGAUACAGCAAAUGUAUUGUACAGGUAAUGUCAAACAAAUGAUGAAUUGCACCUUCGAGAAAGUGAAAAUUAAAAUUGUUGGAAAGUGCAAAGAUUAUCAGUUAUCAAGAAGAAUUUGUGUAAAUAUGACCAUAGAUUGAUGUGCUUAUUAAAGAUUAUUAAUAAUAGAGUAACAAUUUUUACCAUUUAUUACUCUUAAGAGGUUUCUGCUCACUGGUGUAAGGGGCAGUCAUUUGGCACACUUUCACAAUUCCUAAUGGACAAAAAUAGGGAUUUUAAGUUUAAAAAAUUCCCAAAUGAUAUGAGGUGCUAAAAAUAACUAAUUUAUUAUUGAAAAUCUUGUGUAUAAUAUUCGUAAUGUCAGAAAAUGUAUGCACUGUACUGUCAUUACUGUAUUUAAAAAAAUUUUAUGGGAAAAGUUUACAAUUAAUAUGGAAAAGGGUAUGGUAGGAAAUUACUCUUAAUGGAAGUACAGUACAGUAAGUAGACUCAAUGGUUCUUAAGACAUCCUCACAAAUACUGGCAGGUAUGUCCAUCACAUCUUCAAGUGCAAGUAAUAAUGGUACAUUAUUUCAUUUAAACAUUUCAUUUUUGUUUCAAGAUAAUAUGUAAAGCUCAUUAAACCUAGAAUUUUUUUUUUGCCCCUCAUGUGUGAAUGACAUUGGAAGUCAUUUGAUACGCAUGUUCAUUUAAUGGAGAAUGCUAUAUUGUCCUUAUCUUCAGAGUGAUCCUGGGUGAGUGCAUGGAAGAAUAUAAUGAAACUGUACAUUUGUAAUUUUAUUAUGCAUAUGAGAAGCAAGUAUUUUGUACUUGACCCCAAACUCUUGUAUUCACCGGAUGUAAUUUGGUGAUGAGAGUCAGGUGCAGUAGUGAGCAGGUGUUGUCUGUCUGUAGGUGAGUCUUGUUACAUCAACAUUAGUUGAUUGUGAUUUAAUAAACUUAUAUUAAUAUA